UGAUCCUUGUCACACUCUGACAGCGUCUCGAGAUACCCUCUGUCUCUCUCUCUCUCCCAUACCAUACUCUGAACAUCCAAGUCUUGCCAACAGGUCCUGGUACUUCGACCCUAUCCGAUACCUCCCCAACGUCGGUCUAGCUCUUUCCCGCUCUUGUCACCGGUCUUUGCGCACCCCGCUACACCUAUACGGAACACCUUCGUCACAACGUCGUUGUCAAACAUAGCAAAUAUGGCCACACUCUCUGCAGCUGAACUUCAAAGGAGACACGGUCUCGAGGGAGCUCCCGAUCCGUUCCCCAGCAUGGCCCCUCAGGCUGCUCCUGUCAAGAGCGCUGCCAAAGGGUCCGCCACUCCUGUCGAUACCGAAUCUGAGGAAGCUUUCCCAGCUCUCGGUGGUCCUGCCCCUGCUGCUUCGGCUGCUCCUAAGGCGUCUAUGUGGUCCUCCGCUUCGUCCAAGAUCAAGACUCGUGCUCCCGCUCAGUCGGCUCCGGGCGGUCUCGGUAGGACCGGCGGACCCAGCUCGUCAACUUUGCCGGCCUCCAUCUCGUUCUCGCUGCCCAUCGCUAGCAUCACCUUGACCCCCAAGGCCUUUUCGGAACUCUCUAAAAAGGUCCAGGAGCAAUACGGAUGCACCAUCGAGGCUUCCACCCAGAUGCGAGCCGGGCUCAAGACCUUUUUCGUCCGAGGUCCCGACGAUAGAAAGGUCUCGUCUGCCCGUAAAUUGAUCGAGCGUGGUGUCAGCAAGGUCGAGACCUCUACCCUCGACGUGCCCCUGUCCACCUUGGGAACGAUCAUCGGACCCAAGGGAUCGACCUUGAAGACCGUCACCGAUGCUACUGGCUGCAAGAUCGACAUUCCCCGUCGUGAGAACCUCCCCGCCGCUCCUGCUCGUGCCGCUGCCAAUGACGACGAUGAGGCCGAUUCCGAGGACGACGAGGAACCCGAAGAUCCUUCGGUUCCCAUCUCGCUCACCGGUCCCACGCCUGCCAUCGCCGAAGCCAAGUCCAAAAUUCUCGCGCUCAUUCACGACAAGGUUUCGCACACCUCGGUCAAGAUCAAAGAUAUCCCCUCGGAUUUUUACCCCUUCAUCUCGGGACCUCAGGGUUCAAAGGCUAGGGAAUUGGAGGACAGCGUCGGGGAAGGACAGGUCCAGAUCCACGUUCCUCCUCCUGGCGUUUGGAGGUCGUUGGAAAAGCAAGCUGAUGCUGCCGAGUUGAGCGGCGAUGCCGACCAGACGAUCAAGGAGAAGAAGCGCGACCUUAGUAUUCGGGUUCAGGGUGACAGGGAAAAGGUCUCGGCCGUCGUCGAGGAGAUCAGGAGACGGUACGCCGAGAUCCAGGAGACCAGCCAGACCCUGUCCAUCUCGAUCCCCAAGAGACAGCACCGAUUCCUGGUCGGGUACGCCGCCGACGAGAUUCUCGAGCAGACCGGAUGCAUCGUCGACUUGCCCCCUAUCGAGGACCCGGCUGACGAAUGUAUCAUCCGAGGACCUGCCGAGAACCUCGCCCCGGCCUUGACCCUCGUCAUCUCCAAAGCCAACGCCAUCUCGGUCGGAACCGUUGACCUCGUCGCUCAGCACAGGAGCGCCACCUCGGAUCCCUUGAGCCACGCCAAGACCGUCUUGCGAUACCUGUUGAGGACGUCCAAGCUUCGCCAGAUCGCCGAUGCUCAUUCCGGCGUCAAGGUCUACCCUCCCUUCCAGGCUGCGGUCGAGUCGGCCGGCACGGUCGUGAUCGAGAUUGUUGGUGCCGACAAGCAGGAGACCAACAAGGCCAAGGAAGAGGUCACCGCCGCCGUCAAGGCCAUCACUCCUGCUCAUGUCAAGCCGGUCGAGAUCGACUUUGCCGUCCACAAAUUUUUGAUCGGAAAGAAGGGUGCCAAGAUCGGACAGUUCGAGUCCGCUCACAACGUCCGAGCCGUCUUCCCUCCCGCUUCCGACGAGUCCUCUGCCGUCUUGCUCGUGUUUGAGGGCGACGAGACCAGCCUUCCCAAGGACAAGAAGCAGAAAGAAGCCAAGCUCGCCGAGUCGCUCAGCAAGGCUGCUUCCGCUAUCACUGAUUUGGCCAAGGAGGCCGCUGACGUCAAGACCGAAACUUUGAACAUUGACCAAAAAUGGCACAGGCACAUUAUCGGACCGGGAGGCAGUGUUCUCCGAGCGCUUCUCGGGGAGGACCAGCUCGCUACGGUUACCGUGGGCAGCAAGGAUUCUUCGGCUCCUCAGGACGUCGUCGUGGUCCGUGGCCCUAGCACCGAGGUCGACCGACUGGUUCCCGCCAUCUUACAAGUUGUUGAGGACUCGAAGAACGACGACCUGAUCAACGGGUUCAAUCAGGAAUUCACUGUGGACAAGCGACACGUUCCUCAUCUGGUCGGGUCUUCGGGAUCCGCUAUCAACAAGCUGCGAGAAUCUUUAUCCGUCCGAAUCAACUUUGACGAUGACGAGUCUGCCUCUAAAAAGUCCAGCAAGAACGCCGUUGUUCAUUGCAGGAUUAUCGGUCGAAAGGAAGCGGUCGAGGAGGCCAAGAAGCGAUUGCUCGCACAGGUCGAGCGACUGGAAGAUGAGACCACCGAGAUCCUGAACAUCAAGAAGGCUUUGCACCCUGCUUUGAUCGGAGCUAGCGGCAAGUACGCUAUCAGGCUCGAGGAGAAGUAUGCCGUCAAGAUCACCUUCCCUCGAGAUGGCAAGGAUGGCGAAGAGGCCAAGGCUGGUCUCAAGCCCGACGAGGUUCAGGUCCGCGGUGGAAAGAAGGGUGUCGCCGGUGCCAAAGCCGAGCUCUUGGAGGCUGCCGAAUUCGAGAAGGAGUCCAACCAGUCUGCCACCUUCACCGUUCCGACCAGCGCCAUCGCCCGUAUCCUCGGAAAGGGUGGAAACACGAUUAACAGUAUCAAGGAUGACACUGGCGCUCAGAUUGACGUCGACAAGACUUCGGACGAGCAGACAACUGUCACCGUACGUGGAGAUAAGAAGGCUAUUGCUGCUGCCAAGUCGAGCAUCCAGUCGAUAGCUGCCGAGGUUGCCGAUCGCGCUGAUGAGUCGGUCACGAUUGACCCUAAAUACCACCGCAACUUGAUUGGCCCUGGUGGUCAACGACUCCGAGAUCUGGUUAUGAAGGUCGGCGGUACCGAAGAACAGUCGCGACAGGCUGGUCUUAUCAACUUCCCUCGAGCUGGCGAUGCCUCUCCCGAUGUUGUUAGACUUCGAGGGGACAAGGACCUCGUCGCGAAGCUCAAGGCCGAGCUGGAGCGCACCGUCGAGACUCUGCAGAACCAGGUUGUUCUCGGUGUUGCGGUCCCUGCGGCUCAGCACGCCAUCAAGAUUGGUCGAGGUGGUUCUGCUCUGCAGGAUUUGCAAAAGAAGACUGGGGCAACCAUUCAAUUCCCUGGCUCGCGGCAAUACAACUCGGCCGGUGAGCCCGAGAACGCCAGCGAAUUGUCAGAAGUCCCGCCCAACGAAUUGGUCAAGGUCAUUGGUACCCGUGAAGCCUGUCAGCAAGCUAUCGAGGCCUUGUCCACUGCGUCCGAAACUCCUUCGCGGUCACGGACCCCUGUCGGAAGGAACAGUGGAGGAGCGUCUAGCUCUCGUGCGGUGUCGGUUCCGGCCAAGUUCUUCUACGCUCUGACCGACCAAGGCUUCUUGGCUCGACAGCUUCGUCAAUCGGGAAUCCAGCUCGACUUGCCUUCCAACGCUCCUGCCAAACCCGAAGCUCGUCGACCGGCUGUUCCUGCCAAUGAGCCCGGUUCCAAGACUGCCCGUAUCGAUGAAGACCAAGAAGAGGCUGGCGAUGGUGCCAUUAACUACGCUUUCGAGGAGUACGACGCUUUCGAAGGCUUCCCCGAGGAGGACCUCGAGUUCAACCUGCGUGGACGAGAGGAGCUUCUGGAACGGGGCGAAAACAUCAUCAAGCAGAUGAUUGAAAAGGUCUCUGCCGCCAACAAGGUAGGAGUCCUGGCCGGAAUCCCUAGGAGCGCUUUCCCUCGUAUCAUCGGUUCAAAGGGUGCUACUAUUGCCCGACUUAGAGCCGAGACCGGAGCGGAGAUUCAGGUCGGCAAGCAGGACGACUACAUCACUCUGACCGGAGACUCGGAAGCCGUCGGCUUUGCCAGGGACGCGAUUAUCAGCAUUGCAUCGCGACGGGGGCAGCGCUUCUGAACAGACAAUCAUAAUGUAACUACACCCUUCUGACGUUGAUUGUGAAUGCAAAAUAUCCGCAUGGUUCAUCUCUGUAUA